AUGCCCAGGGGGGAUGAAGACACUGCUGCCGUGAACAGCCCGCGCCAGCCGCAGCCCCUGGGUGAGGCUCUCCCUCAGUUGCCGGGUUCUGUGUCAGAGCCCUUAGGGCCUAGCAGGGCCAGGAUGGGGGUGGAGAGUUACCUGCCCUGUCCCCUGCCGUCCUCCUACCACCGUCCGGGAGCGCCUGGUAAGGCCUCGGCGGGGAGUGGGACCCCCAGAGCCACAGCUACUUCCACCCCAUCCAGCCCCCUGCGGGAGGGCUUCGGUGGGCAGGAUGGCGGCGAGCUGCGGCCGCCGCAGAGUGACGGUGCUGCGGCACUGGUCACCAAGGGGUGUCGGCGACUGGCAGCCCAGGGCGCCCAGCCCGAGGCCCCCAAACGGAAAUGGGCAGAGGAUUGUGGGGAUGCCCACGCGCCCAGCAAGGGGCCCUGGGCCGGGCAGGAGAGCCAGGAGGCGGAGGCCGAGGGGAAGGGCUGCAGCAGGGGCAGCGGUGAGGCCAGCGCCAGGCUGAGGGAGGAGGUGCUGCCCGCUGCACCUGAGCGCCUGGCCCUGGGCUAUAUUGUGCCCUGCAUGCGGUACUAUGGCAUCUGCGUCAAGGACAGCUUCCUGGGGGCGGCACUGGGUGGCCGAGUGCUGGCAGAGGUGGAGGCCCUGAAGCAGGGCAGGCGCCUGCGUGAGAGCUAGCGGGCUAUCCUGCCACGCAGCCUCCGUGGGGAGCAGAUCGCCUGGGUGGAAGGCCAUGAGCCAGGCUGCCGAAGCAUCGGUGCCCUCGUGGCCCACGUGGAUGCUGUAAUCCGCCACUGUGCUGGGAGGCUGGGCAGCUACGUCAUCAAUGGGUGCACCAAGGCCAUGGUGGCGUGUUACCCAGGUAAUGGGCUGGGGUACGUGAGGCACGUUGACAAUCUGCAUGGCGAUGAGUGCUGCAUCACCUGCCUCUAUUACCUGAAUCAGAACUGGGACAUCAAGGUGCAUGGCGGCCUGCUGCAGAUAUUCCCUGAAGGCCGUCCUGUGGCAGCCAACAUUGAGCCACUCUUUGACCAGCUGCUCAUUUUCUGGUCUGAUCGGCGGAACCCCCAUGAGGUGAAACCAGCCUAUGCCACCAGGUACGCCAUCACUGUCUGGUAUUUUGAUGCCAAGGAGCAAGCAGCAGCCAAAGACAAGUAUCAGCUAGCAUCAGGACGGAAAGGUGUCCAAGUACCCGUAUCACAGCCAACUACACCCACCUAGUGUCUAGCCCCAGAGCUGCCUGGACAGAUAGCUUGCCCUGACUUCAGGAGAGCCCUGGGCCCCAGUGCCACCAGUCUCGGUGCCUGCUCCUUCCCCGCCACUGCCGCUGCUUCUGUCUUUGCUUCUGUUCUGCCUGGUGUGGAGGGCUCCAUCCAUCGCUGAGGACCAAGGAGGAGGAGAGACCUCUGCUGCCCUGGGAUGGGGGCUGGGGUUGUGACCUGGGCAGAGGCCAGUGUUGGGGACUGCCAUUACUGGAGCCGAGGGUCUGUGUCCUGCCCUGUCUGGUCAUGCAUGCCCCUCUCAGGUUUGGAGAGCUGGAAGGAGGCACUGCCACCUCCUACCGGAAUGCAGGAUUUGGGGUUGGGGUGACUCAUGGCCUCUUGCUGGCAAAGGUUUGUGGGGGAGUAUCCCCAAGCCCCCCACUCCUCCAGCCUGGAAUGGGAAGUGACUCCCCAACCCCUUUGGCCAUGGCACCUUUUGGACUAGGCUGCCGCUGCUUGGGCAGGAUAAAAGGUGCUGGGAGGAACAUGGGUCUGCAAGUCCUGUCAGCCAAGAAAUAAAAGUUGACC